AUGAUAUCUCUUGCACUUCGCUUGUUUGCCAUCACGUCUGCCCUCUACGGCAUCGUCUUUUGCGCACAAGUCAGUUCCACCACGUUCCUCAGAUCAACCAGAAAGAACAUCAUCAUGGAUCUGGAGAACAUGCUCCAGACCGACCGAAAACCCCAUCGUCCUCAACUGACUAUCGACACAUCAAUGGACUCGGACGACGCUCCAGUAAUUAUUGAAAUCACCCCUCGCGCGACCUAUUCAAUAUCAGAGUUCUUCACCGCAGCCUUGCAGUUGUCAAUAGCCUUGUUGAGCGCUUUCGAUCUUCGCUCUGAGAGAGCGCUUCGCUUCCAAAAGAGACUAGCCCGAAGUCAGUAUCAAUGGGCAGCUUCAGCAACCCAGUUCUCGCCUGCUGUUGUCUAG